UUGUUUUAAAUACGAAGAGCCAAAAUUUAUGAACUUGAAGAAACUGGCUCACAAAUCGAACUAAAAUGUUGCCCGGUUCGAACCAGCGACCAACAAUUGUGUUAACAAUAAGAAGAAGAAACUCCAAGCUAUGCGUUUGCAUAAAUUCAACUAACCCAUGCUCAGAUGUAGGGUAUAAAAAUGCGGUUACAAUUUGUGCCAGCCAAAUGUGAUCCAAUAAACAAUUGAGCUUAUUUACGGCUGCGUCUGUCUGAACUAUAGUUGGAUUUUUCAAUAUUUAUUGGCAUGCAGAUCCGAUUAUAUUAAUAAACAUAUUAGCCAGACAUUUCUAGUAUUCUCGUCUUGGGGUUGGCAUUUGCAUUUGGCUCAAAGUUCAGUGCACUGUCCGGUCGGGGUUCAUUGGCUGUUGGUGCUGGGCCCAAACAUGCAAUGCCCGGCGAUUUAUGCCAAUUAAAAUCAAUAUAUUGCGGGUCCUGUGUGCGUCCUGUCCUGUCAUAUCCUGCGGCUAAAUUAGUUGCAUUUCGUAGCGCAAGGCGGCAAGUGCAGCAUGAAAUUGGCACGCAAACUGAUUGUUUGGAUUUUCCCACUAUUUGUUUUGGGUUUUCUGCUCACCGUGAGCGAGGCCUAUCUGAAUAGCGUCCGGGUGGAGGAGAUACCAUUCAAGCGCACGCCGUCGCGUCCGGCCAGUCUGCAGGGCAGUCGAACGAGCGGCAUACAUUUGAUCUCCAGCCUGGAGCAUCGUCGCACUUUUCUGCAAAUAUUUCAGGUGCCCUACAUCAUGUGCUUCUAUGCAGCGAAGGGUAAGUGGCCGUAUGUGCCGGGCUUUCUGAGAUCGCGUGUGGAUAGCUCGGCGAGAAGUUUCUUUCUGCAGAACGACAGCUAUAUAAAGGACUUUUGCACCAAGUGGAUACAGGUCAAGGAAUGUUUUAGGCCGAUUUUUGACAAAUCGAAUAACUCGGAUGUGGAAACUCUGGAUGCCCAGACCUUAAAGCAGCGCUGCGAUAAGCUGGUCGCCUCGGAACCGGUGGUGCCCGUUGUCUAUUUUGACAAAAAUCACAUUGGCAAUGUUAGCUCGGAGACUAUAUUGAGCACCAUCGAGUUCCUUGAGAGCUUUUUACCGCCGCCCACCAAAAAACAUAAGCGCAAGAAUCGUGUACGUGGGCGCUUGGAUGAAAUGGAUAUUGAAUAAUAUAUAUAUAGUUACUAGCAUUUAAAAUUUUAAGCACCAUUGUCACUUGAUAAAUUCAAUAAAUAACACAAAACACCUUUGAGCACAAAG